AAGGCUGCGUAAGGUCACAGCAGGAAGCUUUAUCGGGGGAUGGUCUCCAAAGGCAUCCAACACAGGGGAAUGGAUACAAUUUGACCUUGGUGAGAAUACAAAAGUGACCAGGAUUGCUAUCCAGGGUCGCGACAACGCGGAUUGGUGGACAACUAGUUUUACCAUGUCCUCUAAGCUUAAUGGAGGAAGCUUUGAGUCGUACAACAAUGGCCAGGUAUUUCUUGGAAGUCGAGACAGAAAUACGCCAGCAGGCAGCAUGAUUAAUCCACCAAUAAUUGCACGCUUCAUCAAGAUUCACCCCAAAACUUGGCAGGGAUUCAUUUCUUUACGAGUGGAACUAUAUGGAUGCAGAGAAGGUUUCACUCCACCAAAACCACCAACCUGCGUAGCACCUCUUGGUAUGCAAAAUAACCAGAUACCAGAUUCUGCUUUGAGGGCGUCCACGUCUUACAAUGUAAACUCUAUGGGUCCAAGGAAUGGAAGAUUGCAUUUCCAAGCGAAGUCAGGACAGUACGGAGCAUGGGCCACUUCAACAAAUAACGAAUUCCAGUACUUUGAGGUCAGUUUUGGCGAUUGGACCCAAAUAACUCAAGUAGCCACUCAAGGCAGACAAGAUGGAGCCUGGUGGGUUAAAAGCUACAUCCUUGCCAGCAGUGACGAUGGUGUGUUCUUUAGGGAUUAUCAAGAAGACAAUGAAGUGAAGGUUUUUACUGGAAACAGUGAUAAAUACUCGGUGGUGAAGCAUACUUUAAAGAAUCCAAUCAUCACUCGUUACCUUCGAAUCAAACCAAAGACAUGGCAAGGCUAUAUAUCGCUUAGAGCAGAGUUUUAUGGCUGCAGGGAAGGUUUUACGCCUCCAAAACCUAAAUGCAAAGAUCCCCUGGGUAUCGAAAGUGGAAAAAUUCCAAGCAGCGCCAUAGUGGCCUCUUCAAUGUACAACCAGUAUUUUGGACCGGAACGUGGCAGGCUUCGCGCCGUAAAAGAGGGAAGCUAUUACGGCGGCUGGGCUGCUCAGUAUAAUAACGUUCACCAGUUUAUACAGUACGACUUUGGUAAGUUUGUCAAGGUUACUGGUGUGGCAACUCAAGGGCGUUCCGACGCUAAUUGGAUGGUCAGCAGCUACAUCUUGGCCUACAGUCUUGAUGGCGUCUCUUUCACGACAUACGGUGCCGGUGAUGGACAAGUAUUUACAGGGAACACUCAGGAUAAAAAUGAACCCGCUGGUAGCGUCAUCGAUCCACCAAUAGUCGCCCGGUUCAUUAAGAUUCGUGUGGUAACAUCUAAAGGACAUCCAGCCCUGCGAGCCGAAUUUUAUGGGUGUACCGAAGGAUUCGAAAAACCGAAGGCCUUGGUGUGCUUGGAAGCUCUUGGAAUGCAGAAUGAAAGAAUUCCAGACUCUGCUUUAAGUGCUUCAACAGGGACUGCCAUCAACGGCAGAUUACAUUUCCUUUACAGGUCAGGCCGACAUGGAGCCUGGAUAGCACAAAAAAAUGAUAAGUUCCAGUUCUUGCAAGCAAAUUUUGGAGACUGGACAAAGAUCACCCGAGUUGCCAUUCAAGGGAGAUCAGACGCGGAGCAGUGGGUGAAGAGGUUUAAACUUUCAUAUGGCUACGAUGCAGUGUUCUUCAAAGCUUAUUUAGAAGACGGUGCAGAGGUCUUUGCUGGUAGUGUUGAUCGAUAUACCCCAGCAUAUCAUGAUCUAAAAAAUCCCAUCAUCACUCGAUAUAUACGAAUUCAUCCAGUGGAAUGGUAUGGUCACAUAUCUAUGAGAGCAGAGUUUUAUGGUUGCAAAGAUGGAUUUGAGCCCCCAAAACUGGAAUGCCAAGCAGAACUUGGAAUGAGCAACGGGAAAAUACCCAACAGCGCUAUCACUGCUACUACCAGCCUAAAUCAGUAUUAUGGUCCAGAGCGCGCCAGACUGAAUACAGUGAAGUCAGGGAGUUUUGCUGGAGCGUGGAUUCCUAAUGCGCAGGACCUUGGUCAAUGGAUACAAGUUAAUUUGGGAAAAAUUGCAAAAAUAACACGUAUAGCCACGAGAGGGAGGCAAGAGGCGGGUCACUGGGUUAAAAGCUUCUCUCUUACCUACAGUGUUGAAGGUGGACCAUUCUUGCCUUACAAUGACAACCAGGUUCUUCCAGGCAAUACGGACCAGAAUACAAUAGUUGGGAACAUUCUCAAUCCGCCUAUAAUAGCACAAUAUAUUAGAAUCCACGCAAAAGAGUGGCAAGGUUACAUAGCACUACGUUUCGAGCUUUACGGAUGCACAAGCGGUUUUCCCAUUCCCAGUGUUCCUCCAUGCCAGAUUCAACUUGGGAUGCAAAAUGGCAAGAUACCAAAUUCUGCAUUGUCAGCCUCAUCGAAAUGGAAUGCUAAUUAUGGUCCUGAAAAUGCGAGACUUCACUCUCAUCCCGUCGGAGGCCGCCAAGGAGCCUGGGUUUCAAGCGUUCAGAACCAUAAUCAGUGGUUCCAGGUUGACUUUGGAGUUGAGACCCAAGUCACACGAAUUGCUACCCAAGGUCGCCAGAAUGCAAAUCAGUAUGUCACAAAAUACACGUUGAGAUACAGUCUCGAUAAAUCUUACUGGAACCAGUAUCAACCAUUUGGUUACACCGUGACAUUUUUGGCAAACAGUGACCGGUACACAGUCGUAAGCCACGAUUUACCCAAACCUAUUCGCACGCGCUAUUUGAGGAUUGUUCCAGAGGAAUGGUACAGCUACAUCGCCCUGAGGGCUGAAUUCUACGGAUGCAAGACAAAUGACGGAGGGUUUUCAGCGUGGGGCUCUUGGUCUCAGUGUUCCAAAACGUGUGGAGAUGGGCGUCGGAGUCGCCGUCGAUCAUGCACCAAUCCCCCUCCAAGCCCUGGUGGAAAGGACUGCUCUGACCUGGGACCUGACACACAAUAUGAAGAUUGCAAUGAUGGAAGCUGCCCAGUGAAUGGCGGAUACUCUGCUUGGUCACAAUACGGCAAAUGUACCAAGACGUGUGGUGGCGGAGUAGAAACACGCAAGCGCACUUGUACCAAUCCACCACCUGCGAACGGAGGCAAAGACUGCGAUAGUCUGGGACCAGACAUUUCAACCAGAGAAUGUAACACACGCAACUGUCCAAUUGAUGGUGGUUAUAGCAAUUGGCUCGAAUGGAGUGCUUGUUCUGCUUCAUGUGGUGGAGGAAGAAGAGCGCGCAGCAGGAAAUGUGACAACCCUGUUCCACAGCAUGAUGGAAAGAACUGCGUUGGACCCUCAUUGGAAACAGAGCAGUGCAAUAACGAAGAAUGCCCGAGGAAUGGUGGGUACUCUGCUUGGGGGCCAUAUGGCAAAUGCACUAAAACGUGUGGAGGUGGAAAGCAAUAUCGAGAGCGAACGUGCACAAAUCCACCUCCAAGUGCCGGAGGAAAGGAUUGCUCGGGACUUGGACCGAGUAAAUCAAGCAGAGAAUGCAGCAAUCAAAAUUGCCCCAUUGACGGAGGUUACACUAACUGGAACGGGUGGAGCAAAUGUUCUGUUAGCUGUGGAGGAGGAAUACGCCAACGUGAUCGGCAGUGCACCAAUCCCAAACCGCAACAUGGUGGAAAAGAUUGUUCGGAACUGGGGCCCAUCCGUCAGACAGAAGUUUGUAAUACAGCUGGAUGUCCAGUUGAUGGAGGUUAUGGACCUUGGGGUUCCUGGGGCGACUGCUCUAUUACUUGUGGCAAGCAAAAGGGCAAACAUACACGUGAUCGCUUGUGUAAUAACCCAGAACCAAAGGAUGGUGGGAAGGACUGUUCAGGUCUUGGAAAGGAUAGCGAGACAAAGUCAUGCACACCACCAAUAAAGAAAUGUCCCGUGGACGGCGGAUGGGGAGAAUUUGGCGAGUGGAGUAAGUGCCCGGUUACAUGUGGAGGAGGAGAACAGAUCAGAAAACGAUACUGUAACAAUCCCAAGCCUGAAGGUGAUGGGAAAAAGUGUGAAGGAGACCAACAAGAGACCAGAGAAUGCAACACCAAUAAGUGUGAACCUGAAUGGAGGCCGGUUGGCUGCUUCAUGAAUACCGUUCGCGCCCUCGGACAGAUCCUUGAAAGAGUCGGGAGCAAGUCAUCAAUAAGCGCCCGCUAUGCAGCAUGCACGUCAGCGGCUGACAAUGAAGGUGUGACCUUGUUCGGUAUGGACGACAGGAGAUGCUGGACUGGUGAAAAGGCAGAAAGCACAUUUAGCAAAUAUGGAACCUCAGACCAAUGCCUAGACGCAAGGAAGGUACCAUUAAGUGGUGGUCUGUCAGAGUCGGGAACAAUGUUUGUCUACGAGGAAGACGCCAGCGGCGAAUGGAACAAAAAGGGCUGUUACAUCAACAAAGGACCUAUACUAGCUUUACCAGACUCAUUCGAUGACACUGUUGAAAACUAUCAAGGAAAAGAAAACAUCCUUGAAGCGUGCACAAAGAAGGCUGAGGAUUCUGGCUACAAGGUAUUUGGUGUUGACGACAAGAAUUGCUGGGCAGAUAAGAGUGGCAAAAACAAGUACGACGUUUACGGGGAAUCCUCAGAAUGCCGCAAAGGAUCCGGCAGUGAAAUUGACGGUGACAUGUUUGUUUACCGUUUUGAGUAAUAAUUGUUAAGACAAAGGAAAUCAAAUUCAGGAACGGACGACACAUAUAAUGGAAGAAUGAAACAGUAGUCUAGCGCCUAUGUGUGGGUCUUGGCCAUGGGAACAGGGUUUAGUGCACUUAAUAGGUAUAUUAAAGAA